AUGAAUACCUACACUGGAGCAGCGUGCUGCAUGACUCCAGAAUGGUCCAAGCUGGCGGCCGCAGUGCUCCUGAAGUCAAUACGGUCCAACGUAUCCAAAAACCAUCUCCCACUUCUGGCCCUCUCAGCCCUCAUCAGCCGAAAUCGGGCGGAGAAUCAGCCGACACAAAUCGUCGAAGGAAAACAAGGAACACCCCUCCUUCCGCGUGUUGGCACUGUGGAGCCUGGCAUUAUGUCAAGUUCUGCCCUUACAAGCAACAUCGAUGCCAGCGGUGCAAAGGUAAGGGACACAUGGACGGAUACCGCCAAUCAUUCCCGUCUAACAAGAGUGGACGGCACCACCACCUCCACACACAGAAAAGGUCAAAACCCAAAACAGCCAGCCCCAUCAUCGCAUCUCUCAGCCUCCGGGUCACCUCCAAAAACACUUCACAGCAGCUGA